UAUUUGACAAUGAAGGGAAGGGGUGACCUACAGUCUUCCCUCAAGUUAUCUGAGGAGGAUGAUGAUUACGAGACUGUAAGUUCUUCCACUCUGGAGGCCAUCCGUGCUUUAAGAAUUCUUCCUGCCAAACCUCUGCAAGAAUCUGAAUAUGCAGAUAAACGUUGUUUAAGGCCUUCAGGUUCCACUUCCCCAAUGAGCGAGCACCCAUCUCAGCCCCCUCAACACUCAACUAUUCACACAUCUGUUCCAGAGGGGUGGAGAGUGCCAAGUGUUAGAGGAGGAAGAAUGAAAAUACAGGGACACCAGGAGCCUGUGCCUCCCCCACGACCUCCAAACACACUGCCAAAGCAGUAUCAGCCACUUCCUCCAGAGCCAAGGAUAAGCAGCCAGUUCUUUCACAAGAGGAACACACUCAGCCAAGCUCCCACCUUUCCAAUAUCAGCAAAAGUCUCAAGACAUUUAUCUGUUAAGGAACUAAAUGAAGCACCUGGAAGAGAGCAAGUUACAAGUUUGGGAAAAAAAACUGAAGUAUCUUUUCAAGCACAACAGCAUCAUCCUGAAGCCAGCCCUCAAUGUACAUGGAGCCCUAAAAGCACUUGCAGCUCAGGUUCCACGUUAAAUGUAGAGAACUUGACAGUGAAGAGGUCAUCAUCUCCUACACCAUACACAGCAUACAAAAAUAAAUCAAAACAUUCACUGGUAGAACAGGAAAUGCCAUUUCUUACCCAACCCACUGAAAAGGAUUUAAACAAAUGUGAAUGGUACGUUGGAGAAUACGAUCGCCAUGAAGCAGAGAAGGCACUGCUACAGGAAAACACUGAUGAGACAUUCUUGGUUAGAGAUCGUUCAAAGAAAUCAAAGGCUGAACCAUAUGUUUUGGUUGUUUAUUAUGGAAGAAGAGUAUAUAACAUUAAAGUACGUUUUCUGGAAGAAAGCCAACAAUACGCACUGGGAACAGGGCUCAGAGGAGAUGGUAAAUUUAAUUCUGUGGAAGAUAUCAUUGAAUUCUACAAAUAUGUUCCCAUAACACUCAUUGACGGAAAGGAUCAGUCAGGAACUCACAGAGAACAAUGCUACCUCACACAUCCGUUCAAGUCACGCAGAUGUUUUCUGCCUUAACUUCGCUGAGUCACUUGUACAGAUGUGAAUUGAACAGUUAUUUAAAUGUCUCAAAAAUCAGAUUAGCCUUUUGAGAGAGGAGCU